UGGGAAAUGGCCGGAGUGCAGAAGCUAGAAGGGAAGCCUGCCAUGGUUCCUCUUCUGGAUCUUUGAGCGGCCAGGCUUCUCAAGCCAAUGAUUUGAAGCUCUUGGUCAAGCCUGGCCUUUGGUGACUCGCUUUCUUUGGGUAUUCUCACGUGGCCUGCGCAAGGUGCGCGCAAUCCGUCGGUAGUUGCUGAGGAACCACGAAGAUCAGCUCACUAAGAUGAAUGCCUUCGGGGCCUUUCCGCGCCUGUGCUCUACACGCUGCGCAAAUGCUGACCUGGACGCAGGGCGGCUUCCACUCCUGCACAGCAACCCAAAGGUUUGGGACAAGACCGUGUUGCCAAGUCAGCCUGGCAAGCACACAUUUGCAGGUGGCGCACAAAGAAGGAUUUUGCUGCUUACUACUGCCCCAAAGAGGGAGCAGACGUGGCUCGCCUUCUUAUUUUUGCUUCUGCAGAAAACGCUGACGGCGCAAACGUCCAGUUUCUUUUUUAACCGUCUGCAAAUGCAGGUCAAGCAUUUUGCUUCCAAAGCGUACGCGCGCAAAAGUUCGAACCAAUGCGUAACAUUUUUGGAUCGAUGUUUGUUUGGUGCUGCUAAUGUAAGAUGAUUCAUGAAUCAUGAAAGUUUCCGAGGCAGCUCAACCUCUGUCCGGCUUCUUGAAGUAAAUUUUAGCUUUUCAGGCACGCUGAAUAGGGUGGGGCUUUGUGGUUGCACCGGUUUCACCUAGGCUCAGGCAGCCGCGCCAAGAGUCC